CGGUCUUAUCAAGGAAAAUGCGAUUGCUGAUCGGUCCACUUUGUAUUUAUUUACCGUUCUAAUUUAUUAUCGCAUUGACUCGUGCAUACAGUGAAUAAAACAACAUUUGCUCUAUGCUAUAAAACCGUCCUGUUACCUCUAACCCUAAAAAGAAAACUUGUUUCGUGUGAAUAAAAUGUGCUGAUUUGAGUGAGUUUUCGCGACUUUUCCCUAACCAGGCGCCAGUAUGUCUGAUGAGUUAGAAGCUAGGAUGUGGGACGAUGGGGGCUCCAGAUACGAGUCCAGAGCCCGAGGUGCUUUCUUCGAGUCAGCCUUCGCUUCAUCAGAGCAUUUAGAUAGAGCCCCUUUGUUAUCAGAAGAGACAUACACGGAUGUUCCCGUGACGCCUAUAACGGAAAACGACCAGCACUGCCAUUGGAGACCCCAGGCGGAGCCCCCCAGCGCCAUACCGCAAUUGUUGUUGGCGCUCGUGUUAUGCGGCUUCUUUAUGGUGUGCGAGCUGAUAGGCGGGUACCUAGCAGGCAGCUUAUCCGUGAUGAGCGACGCCGCUCACAUGCUCAGCGACUGCGGGGGCUUCGCCCUGGCGCUCCUGGCCUUCCAGUGCGCGAAGAGGAAGCCCGAUGUCAAUAUGUCUUAUGGUUAUAAACGGGCAGAGGUCCUCGGCGCCAUGGUGUCAGUGCUCCUCAUAUGGAUCCUGACCGGCGUGUUCGUGUACAUUGCCGUGGUGAGACUGCACACGGGCGAGUACAACAUCGAGCCGGACAUGAUGAUGAUCGUGUCCGGGUGCGGGGUCGCGUUCAACGUGGUGCUGGCGCUGGUGCUGCACGGGUGCGCUUCCGAUCUUGCCCACCAUCACACACACGGCGGCGCUGCGUGUGCGCACUCGCACGCGCGCGCGCAGUCGCCGCGCCGGUUCAAACUGUUCCGGAGACGCGAGAACAAACAGACGAACGGCACGCUGGUCAACGGGGAUUAUAGUAUGAAGGAUCUGUCUAGUAUUGAGGCGAAUGUUGUCAGUAAGCAUGACAGAAAUAUAAAUCUCCGCGCAGCGCUAAUCCACGUCAUAGGUGACUUGAUUCAAAGCUGUGGAGUUUUACUGGCAUCAAUACUAAUCAAGUUUUAUCCCGCUGCUAAAUUCGUGGACCCAAUCUGCACGUUCGUGUUCAGUAUAUUGGUACUCCUGACCUCGGCGAGAGUGGUCAGAGACGCGUUGGCCAUGCUGAUGCAAGCUGUGCCCCCCAAUUUUAGGUACCGUGAAUGCGUGACGUCACUGUCCUCAGUUCCCGGCGUACGACACGUCCACUCGCUGCACGUUUGGGCUCUGUCUACCCAUCACAAGAUACUGACAGCUCAUGUGGCUAUAGACGAGCUCACAGACCACGAGCAAGUACUUCACGCGUGUCAACAAUUGGCGAGAACGGAGUUCGGCGUACAGUCGGCCACAUUUCAAACUGAACGGUAUUCGGCAAGCAUGGCCGCCUGUCAGACCUGCCUGGACCAGCCGGCCGCGUUGCCGUGACAUCUCACCACGCUCACACACUAGAUGAGGCGGUGCCAAUACUAAAUGUGGAGAAGCGUAAAAUAAUAAAAAUAAAAAAAAGAACUGCAAGGACUGUAAGUAAAAAAAGUUAAAUGUGAUAUAUAUAUGCAUGUUGAUGACCCACCGCCAAAAUAUGGACAUUAAUAUGAAAUGUUAUUCGUAUAUAGGUAAAAUAGUGUUUGAGCUUAGAAAAUAGAUAAUCGUUGACAUCACAAGCAUAAUUUGUUCACUAAUUAUAAUGUGACUGCUUUUCAGACAGUAUUGUUUACUUAAAAAAAAUUAAUAAUCUUUAUUAAAAUUUUGGCGCGAAAUUCGGUUUGACAGUUCUUUUUAACAUUGACAGUAUUUUUUUACUUUGACAUUCCAUUAGUAUAAAAGACUAUUAAUUUUUUAAUUAUUGGCGAAGGUGCGUGCUCACUUAGAAUUCGAUGAAAAUAAAAUUAAACUCAAAAGUAUUAUAUUAGUGCCAAUUUAAUAAAUGUUGAUGUUAUUUGUGUAAAAGUCGAAAUGGACUAUUAAUAAAUAAAAGUAUUUACUAUGUUAAUUGUAAGCUAAAAUAACCAAAAAAUAACUUUUGACUGAAGUAUUAUGAAAGCACAAUAUAUGUGAUGAAAUUUUUGUAUGUAUUGUAACUUAAUAUUUCUCGAAGUGUGUUUUGGUGAUAUUAUAAAGUAGUAUACUGAAAAGCAUAACAUAAAAGAUUUUUUCUUACCAACAAAAAUAUUUUUCUUUUAUUCUCACAAAUUCUUGUUUUUUUUUUCAACGGGUUAUAGCGAGUUCUACACGGUCAAACGAGUCGAGCAAGUAAACGAGAAUUUGUUUGUGAUUUAAUCAGCGCCAUCUAGUGGUACCGCGAUGGAACUAAUGCAAUUCCUUCCAAAUUCGACUUGUGUGAUUGAGUAAAACUCACACUAAUCAUAGAGGUGUGUACUUUAAUCGUUAUUUUUAUUACGAAAGAGGUAACAUUACGCAACAGCUUAAAAUUACACUCGUUUAAAAAAAAGUUGUCAUGUGCAAUCGGGGUCAAAUAAAAUUGACCUGUUCUUGGUAUUAUUUCUGUUAAAUUUUUUAUGCCUCAAACUGUACUUGCUCACCACAGCUUAAUGUUUUUCAUGUAACUCUUUAUAGAAAGACUUAGGGUAACUACAUUUUACUAAGAUUGUAUAAAAGUUCACUUGGCUUUAGAAUACCAAGAUUUUGUCAACUGUAGUUACUCUUAAGAUUAGAUUAUAUUAAAUGCAUUAUUAAUAAAGUCAGUAUAAUAACUGUUUUGUCUUAAUUAAGCUGUAAUUAAAAUAAUAUAAUAAUAAUAACCGAGUGAUUGUACGAGUAUAUUACAAAACAGGGUCUUGUAUUUGAGUCAAUUGUAUGACUAGGUCACGAUGGCGUUAAUAUAUUUAUUGCUUUUGUUUAUUGAAUUAUGUGUAAAGUAUUAUGAUUUAGAUAUUAAGAUUAGUGUAACUGUAAUUCAGCAUCACAAAAUUUAAUUUAUCUUUGGGACAACUCAUUUCGUGUGGUUUGUUCGUAUUUAUUAAUUUUUCAGAGUGCCGGCCCGAUACAAUUUUUUGUUUGCAAAGAAUUCAAUUAUAAGUUAUGGAGCUCCUUUCGCUAAUAAUAUCAGAGGCUAUUUUUUUCUUUGCAACAAAUUAUUUUACAGUUUCGUCUGUCAAACAUGAAGAAUAAACUUAAUUUAUUAGAUAGAAGAAUAUAGGCCAGCUCGUUCCCAUGUCGUAAAAGGUGACUAAGGGAUAGGCUUACAAACUUGGGAUUCUUUUAGGCGAUUGGCUGGCAACCUGUCACUAUUUGAAUCUCAAUUCUAUCAUUAAGCCAAACGGCUGAUCGUGGCCUAUCAGUCCUUUCAAGACUGUUGGCUCUGUCUACCCCGCAAGGGAUAUGGAUGUGAUUAUAUGUAUAUAAUACUGUGUUUUGGAAUGAACAGGAACUGAGUUCAAUUAAACAAAUUGCGUUGCUCUGAAAUGACAAAGUUUUAUUUCAGUAUUUGGCUACCUAUUUAACUAUAAUACAAAUGUAAAAUCUUAAAAAUAAAAUUACAUCAACUCACCUGAAAUGACAAAGAAACGACAUUCAAUGUUUAUUCUUUAGAUUCUCAAUUCCUUUUUAUAAUAAUCAGUAAUCCUUGUUAUAACAAUGUAAAUCCCAAAUUCUCAUAUCACAAUAGCGUCGCCAUUUUUACCAUCUGUUUUAUCGACAGUCUUGGACGCCAUUACGUAGUAAGAUAAAACAGUAUCUUAUAAUGACAAUGUAAAAAUAUAGCAAUAGUAGUUCGCCCUGCAACUUUCUUCUCCCAAAUCAGUAUAUUAAAAAGUAGGAAUAAUUAUAUAAGGAGAUUUAUCAUUUUAUGGUAAAGCUCCGUGUCCCUUAUAUAAAAAAAUAUAUAAAUAUGUCCCUCAAGGCUGGCCAGCCUUCUUUUUACAUGCAUUUAGUCCAGAAUAUUAAUUCUCUUUAAGUUCGCCGUCAUCGUGAAAAGAAUUGAAACUUGAAUACUGAGUAGCUUUUAAUAUUAAGAAUUAAAAUAUAUGUAUAAUAUACUUUAUUACUGUGGCUUCAUUUUAUAGGGUUUCGAUACACGUAAUUAAUCAAUGACGCUGUUACACUGCUGUUUAAAAUUAUACUAACAUCGUUACCAUAAAAAAAAUAGCGUUAUGGUCAAUCGAUUUGGCUGUUCACUUAUUUUUGUUAGUAUUUUAAAAUAGCAGUUUUAUGCCUCAUUAAUGCUCAUUUUGUUUGAAAUAGAUCGAUAUUCUUAUCUUUUAGUUACCAGGGGACUGUUUAUAAAACGCUUGUGGAUCCUCUGAGCUGAAAAAUGGCAGGAGCUGAUAGAUAACCCUUAAAAUAGCGCCAUCUAGUGUCUACGUCUAAUAGCUGUGUCGCUGUAGUAUAUAGUACAAACGCUACUGUACUUCUUAAAAUAUAAGUUGUUUAAAAUGACGGCAGGACAAAUUAAUGACUAUGAUUGAUAUGAUGAAGCGAAAAAGAUAGAACAUAAAAAAUUAUGAAUUUAGCAGAUGUCAUUCAAAUCAUCUUAUAAUUUAAGAAGUAUAAAUGGACUUACUGUGCGGGACUAGCAUUGCCUGCGAGACGACGUUUUUAUCGCGCGGUUAAAAUAUCUUGUUCGUUUCACGUAUUAAUAAAAAGCGAAACAGCUACAGUUUAUCGCGCGAUAAAAACGGCGUCGCGCGUGCCUUGCUAUCCACUUGAUAUCUACUUUGCGCUUUGAAAUUCGGUAGAGAACCAUUGAACGUUAAGUAUUUGCCGGUUGCAAUCAAGUUGCAGGUCAUACA